AAGAGUUUUGGAUCAGAUACUUUAGAUCACGUUUGUUCAAUUAGGCUCAUAUGUGCACGUACACAUAUUGUUAAUUUAAUUUAGUUUUUAUAUAUGGUCUAUUUUAGGUCGAGCCGAGUAUAAUCAUACUCAAUUAGCCGGUGCUGUGUAUACGUAAGUAUCAACCAGAGGGACUACUUCAAGUCUUGUAUGUCUUUCAUGGCACUGGACCAUUGCAUGUCUUUCAUGGCGCACUCAAUUUCUAUAUACAGUAUACUACAACAGUUAACUACUUUAUUCGCAGUUUCGCACCGCACACUUCCAAUUCCAAUCACCCCUAAUUUCAACCUCCAAUCACGGAGAUGACUUCAAAGAUGGCACAGCUGUCGUACAAAAAAUUUCCAGUAGCCUUCCAAAAUAUAUUUCUUUUUGAUAAUUUACGUGAACAUUUUAUAGAUUACAACUAUUUUUAGAUUAUUCCCAACUCAAACAUGGGUGAUUUGUCCUAUUUUUUCUCAUAAUCAUACAUUUUUGAUGUUUCUCCUUUGUGGAUUUUGAUUUGACCCUUUUUUUUCAUUUCCCUCAUUUUUCUUUUUGAAUCCACUCUCAUUGUUUGGUUGAUAUUUCAAUUGCAGAAUAUAUAGUCAUAAUUUCUUAUUGGUUUUAAUUUUCGUUUUCGUUAUUUUUAAGUAGGGGGUGGUGGCUCCGUACUAGUUUGUUUUCCCCCAAAACAAGACGGUGCCAUUUCUCCUUAAAUUUUUUUGGAGUUUUUGGGGGUUUUGUGUUAAUUUGUGAAUUUGAGAAAAAAACGCAACGAAUUUGAGGAGAUAUACAAAGGAUAAUUGAUAAUGGCGGGUGCCCAAAAGGUAACUUCGAAUAAGGAAGUUUCUCCGCCGGAAUCUGCUGACGUCGAGGCUGCUCAUCAACCCUAUUAUGAGGAUGAGGAGGAGUUUGUGGAUGAUCCUUUUGAUAUCGCACAUACUAAAAAUGCUCCACAUGAAUCUCUCCGGCGUUGGAGGCAAGCAGCACUUGUGCUCAAUGCUUCCCGUCGAUUUCGCUACACCUUAGACUUAAAUAUGGGUGAAGAUAAAGAGCAGAGGAGGAGAAUGAUAAGAGCACAUGCACAAGUCGUGAGAGCAGCAAUGCUUUUUAAAUUGGCUGGGGAACGCGAUAUUGGGUUAGACCCUUCAACGUCAUCGCCAAUAGAAACUAGUGAUUUUGGAAUUGGACUUGAACAACUUACUGCAAUGACUAGGGAUAAUAAUCUUUCAGCUCUUGAGCAAUAUGGGGGUGUUAAAGGACUAGAAGCUAAGCUUAGCACUAACUUAGAAACAGGAGUCCCUGGGGAUGUGGAUGAUAUUGUAAAGCGAAAGAAUACUUUUGGAUCAAAUACAUAUCCUACCAAAAAAGGAAAGGGUUUCUUGUCCUUUCUGUGGGAGUCGUGGCAAGACACGACUCUUAUCAUCUUGAUCAUAGCUGCAGUUUUUUCAUUAGCAUUAGGGAUACAUACUGAGGGUCUUGAGGAAGGUUGGUAUGAUGGAGGAAGCAUUGUUUUUGCAGUGCUGCUUGUCAUAUAUGUUACUGCCACCAGUGAUUAUCGACAAUCUCUUCAGUUUCAAAAUUUGAAUGCAGAGAAAAGGAAUAUACAACUAGAAGUAAUCAGAGGUGGCAGAAGGGAGAAGAUCUCUAUUUACGACAUUGUUGUUGGUGAUGUCGUGCCUCUUAAAAUUGGAGACCAGGUCCCUGCUGAUGGAAUUUUCACAUCUGGUCACUCCUUGGCAAUUGAUGAAUCCAGCAUGACUGGAGAAAGCAAGAUUGUUCACAAGGAUAAAAAAUCACCCUUUCUUUUAGCUGGUUGUAAAGUGGCAGAUGGUUUUGGAAAUAUGGUGGUAACCGGCGUUGGAAUUAAUACUGAGUGGGGAUUACUGAUGGCAAGUAUCUCUGAGGACACCGGUGAAGAAACCCCUUUACAGGUGCGAUUAAAUGGAGUGGCAACCUUCAUUGGCAUGGUUGGGCUCUCCGUUGCUCUAGCUGUGCUGGUGGUUCUGGUGGUGCGCUAUUUGACGGGUCACACUAAGGAUCCUAAUGGUCAAGUGCAAUUCAUCAGCGGAAAAACUAGCUUCAGUGAAAUAAUGGAUGGACUUAUAAAGAUUUUCACCAUUGCGGUCACUAUCGUGGUUGUUGCAGUACCUGAAGGACUCCCCUUAGCUGUUACAUUAACCCUAGCUUACUCGAUGCGCAAAAUGAUGGCAGAUAAAGCACUGGUGCGGAGGCUUUCAGCUUGUGAAACUAUGGGUUCUGCAACCACUAUCUGUAGUGACAAAACUGGAACAUUGACAUUGAAUCAGAUGACUGUGGUUGAGGCUUAUGCUGGAAAAAAGAAAAUGAGUCCUCCAAGCGAUGCUGACCAGAUGCAUAAAAAGCAAUCCACACUUGUAAUUGAAGGUGUUGCAGUUAACACUACUGGUAGUGUUUUUGCCCCCAAGGAUGGCGGUGAGGCGGAAGUUUCUGGUUCUCCUACUGAAAAGGCUAUCUUGUCCUGGGGAGUCGAGCUAGGCAUGAAGUUCGAAUCUGUAAGAUCAGAAGCCAUUAUUCUCCAUGUUUGCCCUUUCAAUUCAGAAAAAAAGCGAGGUGGAGUUGCACUGCAGCUGUCAAACUCAGAUGUUCAUAUUCACUGGAAAGGGGCUGCUGAGAUGAUUCUUGCUUCAUGCACACAGUUUCUUGAUGUGGAUGGUUCAGUGAAAUCUAUUACUAGUGAAAAGUCGUAUUUCAGAGAAGUCAUUGAUGAUAUGGCAGCAAAAAGCCUCCGAUGUGUUGCUUUUGCCUAUAGACCCUAUGAAAGAAACGAUGUUCCAACCACCAACGAGGAGGAGUUGGCAAAAUGGAAUCUACCCGAGGAGGAUCUGAUUUUGGUGGCCAUUGUUGGCAUAAAGGAUCCUUGUCGACCCGGUGUCGAUGAAGCUGUGAGACUCUGUACAGCUGCUGGUGUAAAGGUUCGUAUGGUAACUGGAGAUAACAUUCAAACAGCAAAAGCAAUUGCUGUCGAGUGUGGGAUUCUUCCUCCGAAGGCGGAUGCCACUGAGCCAACAGUUAUUGAAGGGAAAGUAUUCCGUGCACUUUCUGAGCAAGAAAGAGAGGAAGUCGCCAAGAAAAUAACUGUGAUGGGUAGGUCAUCUCCUAAUGACAAACUGCUGCUUGUGCAAGCUUUACGCAAGGGAGGUGACGUUGUAGCAGUCACAGGAGAUGGAACUAAUGAUGCUCCUGCACUUCAUGAGGCAGAUAUUGGUCUUUCCAUGGGCAUUUCCGGAACUGAGGUUGCUAAAGAGAGCUCUGACAUCAUUAUCUUGGAUGAUAAUUUUGCUUCUGUUGUAAAGGUUGUGCGCUGGGGACGUUCUGUGUAUGCAAAUAUUCAGAAAUUUAUACAGUUUCAGCUCACAGUGAAUGUAGCAGCUCUUGUUAUUAACGUUGUCGCUGCUGUCUCCUCCGGCAAUAUUCCUCUAAAUGCAGUACAGCUGUUGUGGGUGAAUCUCAUCAUGGAUACUUUGGGAGCACUAGCACUAGCCACUGAACCACCGACUAACCAGCUUAUGCGUAGAGCUCCAGUAGGCAGAAGGGAGCCUCUUGUUACUAACAUCAUGUGGAGGAAUCUACUUGUACAGGCGGUAUAUCAAAUCGCUAUACUCCUUGUUUUCAACUUCGGUAGCACAAACUUUUCUCAAUUAAAAGAAGGCGAUUUAACGCACCAGAAUAAGUUGAAGAAUACAUUGAUUUUCAACGCAUUUGUUCUGUGUCAAUUAUUCAACGAGUUCAAUGCUCGAAAGCCAGAGGAAAUGAAUGUUUUUAAAGGCGUAACGAGCAACCAUCUUUUCAUGGGAAUAAUUGGUAUUACACUCUUACUCCAGAUAAUAAUCAUCGAGUUUCUUGGGAAGUUCACAUCAACUGUUCGACUGAACUGGAAACUUUGGCUACUUUCAAUCUCCGUUGGUCUAUUCAGUUGGCCUCUGGCCAUAAUCGGAAAGUUCAUUCCAGUUCCAAAGAUCCCGUUGUCCAAAAUGCUAAGGAAACCAUUCCAACGACGCAAAAAUACCCGUAAUGCAUAAAACUACUCCGACAAUUUCUUUUAACUUGCCAUAGAUUUUGGCUAUUCGGGUCUAAGCUUUCGCCAUGCGGGUGUUCCCUCGCUACGUAAAGUUAUGUGAUCAUGUCGCGGAGGAAGAUCAACUUAACUCAUGCUUCAAAACCUACCAUGUUGUUUUAGCACAAUUUGUGCUGAAUAUUAUUGAUUUUUAAAUCUAAAGAAACAAUGCUGAUGAAAAAAUCAACUGUACAUGCAAUUUCAGCAGUAUAUGAAGAGUAUUAUUUGAUUGGUA